CAAAAACAAUUCGCGCGUCUCAAAUCCUUCGUCAUCGCGACCCUCUCUGAAUAAAGGGAAAAGUAAAUUAAACGGCGCAGCAGUAUGGAAAAAGAGAAUAAACUCGGCACCACAGAUAGCGGACGGAAAGCGGCAGCACGCGGAGACCUGCAAUCACUCCCGACGAGGCAAUAUUUGGACCAAACCGUAAACCCGAUCCUGCUGCAAGGAUUGAAGCUGCUGGCGAAGGAACGGCCCCAGGAUCCGGUGCAAUACCUAGCGAAUUUUCUCAUGAAGAACCGAGCCCGCGUCGACGACUCCAACGGCAGUGCAGACGAUGCUCAAUAAAUUAACGCUUUAAAUAUU